UUCAUAUCCAUCCUUUACUCCAGGAAGCCUCAGAAUGAUACCACAAACUCCAAUAGUCUCAGACACCAAUGGCUAUUCACAAACAUUGGGGAUAGCACAGCAGAUAUUUAAAGAAGAUGGUGAAUUGGCAGGAACUUGGAAGCAAUCAUUAUGUACAAAGAGUAAUUUAGUCAUUAAACAAGAGGACAACAUUUAUGACUUAUCUAGUGGAAUUAUUAUUUCAGAGGAUAAACCACACACAUUUACUGAGUUUUCAAAACAUAUUAAAGAAGGGAAAAGUCUACAGUCUAGCCAAAUGAUUCAUACAAAGGAGAAACCUUUCAAAUCUACAGAAAGUGAGAAAAGCUUUAGAUGGAAGUCUAAUUUACUAGAACACCACAAAAUUCACACAGGUGAGAAACCACACACAUGUACUGAGUGUGACAAAUGUUUUACACAAAUGGAUCAUCUGAAAACUCAUAAAAAGAUUCACUCAGGAGAAAAGCCUUUCACAUGUACAGAGUGUGGAAAAAGUUUUACACGAAUGUAUUGUCUGAAAACUCAUGAAAGGACUCACUCAGGAGAAAAGCCUUUCACAUGUACAGAAUGUGGAAAAAGUUUUACAGAAAAGAGUUAUCUGAAAACUCAUGAAAGGAUUCACACAGGAGAAAAACCUUUCCCAUCUACAGAGUGUGGAACAUGUUUUACAGAAAAGAGUAAUCUGAAAAGUCACAAAAGGAUUCACACAGGAGAAAAGCCUUUCACAUGUACAGAGCGUGGAAAAUGUUUUACAGUAAAGAGUAAUCUGAAAACUCAUGAAAAGAUUCACACAGGGGAAAAGCCUUUCACAUGUACAGAGUGUGGAAAAAGUUUUACAGAAAAGAGGAGUCUGAAAAAGCAUGAAAAGAUUCACACAGGAGAAAAGCCUUUCACAUGUACAGAGUGUGGAAAAAGUUUUACACGAAUGGAUUAUCUGAAAACUCAUGAAAGGACUCACUCAGGAAAAAAGCCGUUCAUAUGUACAGAAUGUGGAAAAAGUUUUACACAAAAGAGUAAUCUGAAAACUCAUGAAAGGAUUCACACAGGAGAAAAGCCUUUCACAUGUACAGAGUGUGGAAAAAGUUUUACACAUAUGAGUAAUCUGGAAACUCAUGAAAAGAUUCACACAGGGGAAAAGCCUUUCACAUGUACAGAGUGUGGAAAAAGUUUUACAGAAAAGAGUCAUCUGAAACGUCAUGAAAGGAUUCACACAGGGGAAAAGCCUUUUACAUGUACAGAGUGUGGGAAAAGUUUUACAGAAAAGGGUUAUCUGAAACGUCAUGAAAGGAUUCACACAGGGGAAAAGCUUUUCACAUGUACAGAGUGUGGGAAAAGUUUUACCGAAAAGGGUCAUCUGAAAAGUCACAAAAGGAUUCACACAGGAGAAAAGCCUUUCACAUGUACAGAGUGUGGGAAAAGUUUUACAGAAAAGUGUAAUCUGAAAAGUCACAAAAGGAUUCACACAGGGAAAAAACCUUUCACGUGUACAGAGUGUGGAAAAUGUUUUACAGAAAAUAGUAGUCUGGAAACUCAUGAAAUGAUUCACACAGGGGAAAAGCCUUUCACAUGUACAGAGUGUGGAAAAAGUUUUACACAUAUGAGUAAUCUGAAAAACCAUGAAAGGAUUCACAAGGGAAGAAUAGAAACCCGGGAAAUGGAAAGGGUUCAGAGAGGGCUCUACUACCUGAAGCAGAGGUACUACCACAAAGGAGACAGAGCGGACAAGCUCCUGGCCCAUAAACUCAGACAAAAAACUUUACUAAGUAAAAUAGCAUACAUCACGAGAAAUAAUCGAAAAUUCUACUCUCCCAAUGACAUUGGAGAAGCUUUCACUGACUACUACAGCGAACUUUACCAGAUCUCCAACGACCCCUCCGCUAGUUACGCACCGGUAUCAGCCAUUUUAGAGUUCCUUCGUGAACUUCAGCUGCCGAAGGUCCCUGAGGACACGAUAGAAUCCCUGACCGCUCCCAUUAUGGUGGAAGAGAUCGCAUCGACGAUAAAGAAUCUUAAGCCUCAUAAAUCUCCAGGGCCUGACGGGUUUGACGCCAUGUUUUAUAAAAAAUUUGUGGGCCAACUCGGCCCUCUUCUUACCCGGGCGUUUGGGGAAGCAAUGGCUACGGGCAAGUUUCCUCUGGAAUUUUUGGAGGCAUCAAUUAUAACCAUCCCCAAACCAGGAAAGAAUCCUGAGUUCUGCGAGAGUUAUCGCCCAAUAUCUCUCAUCAAUGGCGAUGUGAAACUAUAUGCGAAAAUCUUGGCAUCCAGAUUGAACAAAAUCCUCCCGGUUCUGGUACACCCAGAUCAGUACAUAUGGAAAGGAGGUCAUGUGAGACUCCCAUUGGCUCAGCUACAGAAGCCUAAGAGACAUGGGGGCAUGUCAGUCCCCAACGUUUCUAUAUACUACAAAGCUGCCAUGCUCUCUCAUAUCACGGCCUGGGGAACCAAAGAGUGCUCCUCAGGGUGGUUUCGGCUAGAGCAGGGAUCAUUACCAGCGGGCGUGGCCCUAGCCGAGCUCAUCUGGAUACCGGAUCAUGCUGAAGUGUUGAGUGCAAUCCAUAACCGCAUAAUUAAAACUUGUCUGAAACUCUGGAGAGAGCUGAGGUCCUCUGAACAGGUUGCUCCGCAUCCCUCCCCAAUACAUUCUAUCCGAGCCCUUUUACACUGCCUUCCGGAUUCCCACCCCGGGAGAUGGGAGGUCUUAGAGAUCAGAUUACUCUCAGAUCUAUACCGAGGAGAUGUACUAGCUAUUCCUCCUCACACUUACCCAUUAGAGGACUUUCCUCGGGAAUUACGCUUCGAAUACCUUCGGUUGAUAUCACUUCUCCUGUCCUGGGGAUUCCGGAGAUCAAACUUGAGAACUCUCACCAAUUGGGAGAGGAGAUGGUUGGGGGGUAAAUCCCUGCGGGGCACUCUAUCCUUCCAUUAUAGAACCCUUCUUAACACGCCUCACUUCACGAAAACUCAGUCGGUGGUGGCUUGGGAGAGGGACUUGGGGGCGGUAACUCCUGAUGGAAGAUGGCAACGAGCCCUUCAAGACGUAAUUGCAGCAGUUCGAUGCUCUAACUUGUUUGAACUCUACCUCAAACUUCUGCUUCGGUGGCAUUGGGUCCCGACCAGGCUACACAAAAUGUACCCCACCCGGUCCUUAGACUGCUGGAGAGGCUGCGAGCGAUGUGGAACCCAUCUGCACAUCUGGUGGGAAUGUCCCAAAUUGGGGCGCUUCUGGGCCCAGGUGACAGCCCUGCUACAGAAGCUGGACCUUCUUGAUACUCUCACUAGCGAAACUGCGCUUUUCCAUCUUGGGCUUCAGAACCUUCCAAAACCAUCCCGCCUACUGGGAGUUACUAUCCUUUUGGCGGCGAAACUCACCAUUGCUAGACAAUGGGCGAAACACACCCCGGUCCUUCUAAACUCAGUCCUGGAGUCUAUAGACUACAUCCAGAAAAUGGAAGAGUACGCACUGAGAGUUGAAGGUCGUCACGACCUUUACUGCUCAAUCUGGCUCCCUUGGGAAGAAUAUAGGAGGACUAAAGACCCUAAUGAAAAAGCAGUUGACAAAAACAGUUUUGUUCAUGCGAGUAGUGCUCACUUAAAGAGCUGGAAAAAUAACAUUCCAGUGAGUCAGUACAUUCGUAUUAAACUGAAUUGUACUAAUUCUGAGGAUUUUGAGAAGGAAACCUCCAUAUUAGAUGAAAAAUUAAUUAAGAAAGGCUACAAUAUAGAUAUUUUAAAUAAAGCUAAAACUAAGGCUGCUGACUGUGAUCGAAAAAACUUCUGGCUAAAAAAACACAUGAAUAGUUCAUAUCCAUCCUUUACUCCAGGAAGCCUCAGAAUGAUACCACAAAAUCCAAUAGUCUCAGACACCAAUGGCUAUUCACAAACAUUGGGGAUAGCACAGCAGAUAUUUAAAGAAGAUGGUGAAUUGGCAGGAACUUGGAAGCAAUCAUUAUGUACAGAGUGUAAUUUAGUCAUCAAACAAGAGGACAACAUUUAUGACUUAUCUAGUGGAAUUAUUAUUUCAGAGGAUAAACCACACAUAUUUACUGAGUUUUCAGAACAUAUUAAAGAAGAGAAAAGUCUACAGUCUAGCCAAAUGAUUCAUACAAAGGAGAAUCCUUUCAAAUCUACAGAAAGUGAGAAAAGCUUUAGAUUGAAGUCUAAUUUGCUAGAACACCACAAAAUUCACACAGGUGAGAAACCACACACAUGUACUGAGUGUGGCAAAUGUUUUACACAAGAUCAUCUGAAAACUCGUAAAAAGAUUCACUCAGUAGAAAAGCCUUUCACAUGUAAAGAGUGUGGAAAAAGAUUUACAGAAAAGAGUUAUCUGAAAACUCAUGAAAGGAUUCACACAGGAGAAAAACCUUUCACAUGUACAGAGUGUGGAACAUGUUUUACAGAAAAGAGUCAUCUGAAAAGUCACAAAAGUAGUCACACAGGGGAAAAGCUUUUCACGUGUACAGAGUGUGGAAAAUGUUUUACAGAAAAGAGUAGUCUGAAAAAGCAUGAAAUGAUUCACACAGGGGAAAAGCCUUUUACAUGUACAGAGUGUGGAAAAUGUUUUACAGAAAAGAGUAGUCUGAAAAAGCAUGAAAUGAUUCACACAGGAGAAAUGACUUUCACAUGUACCGAGUGUGGAAAAAGUUUUACAGAAAAGAGUAGUCUGGAAACUCAUGAAAGGAGUCACACAGGAGAAAAGCUUUUCGCAUGUACAGAGUGUGGAAAAAGUUUUACAGAAAAGAGUGAUCUGAAAAAGUAUGAAAGGAUUCACACAGGAGAAAAGCCUUUCACAUGUACAGAGUGUGGGAAAAGUUUUACACAAAAGAGUGAUCUGAAAAGUCACAUAAGGAUUCACACAGGGGAAAAGCCUUUCACAUGUACAGAGUGUGGGAAAAGUUUUACACAUAUUAGUAAUCUGAAAAACCAUGAAAGGUUUCACACAGGGGAAAAGCCUUUCACAUGUACAGAGUGUGGAAAAUGUUUUACAGUAAAGAGUAGUCUGAAAAAGCAUGAAAGGAUUCACACAGGAGAAAAGCCUUUCACAUGUACAGAGUGUGGAAAAUGUUUUACAGUAAAGAGUGUUCUGGAAAAGCAUGAAAGGAUUCACACAGGAGAAAAGCCUUUCACAUGUAAAGAGUGUGGAAAAAGAUUUACACAAAAGAGUGAUCUGAAAAGUCACAUAAGGAUUCACACAGGGGAAAAGCCUUUCACAUGUACAGAGUGUGGGAAAAGUUUUACAGAAAAGAGUAGUCUGAAAAAGCAUGAAAGGAUUCACACAGGAGAAAAGCCUUUCACAUGUACAGAGUGUGGAAAAAGUUUUACAGAAAAGAGUAGUCUGAAAAAGCAUGAAAGGAUUCACACAGGAGAAAAGCCUUUCACAUGUACAGAGUGUGGGAAAAGUUUUACACAUAUGAGUAAUCUGAAAAACCAUGAAAGGAUUCACAAGGGAAGAAACCUUUCACAUGUUUAGAAAGUGGAAAAAAUAUUUUUAUUGAAAUCAAUUAUUAUAAAACACCAAAUAUAGUUUUUUUUAAUAUUUCUGUUUAUUUUCCAAUUACAUAAUAUCAUUUUCAUCACACAGGACAUCUAUUAUAACAAUAAUUUAAACAGAAAAAAGUGUCCCAGGCAGUGGAGGCUCCUCCAUAUGUGCACUGUCACACGUGAACCCCCAGCCAGGGGCAAGGAGGGAAAAAAAAUGAGAAAAAAAGUUACAAAAUUUUUUGAAUAAAAUAUAUUUAUUUAUAUUA